UUCUGUGAAUGAUCACAUCUCAACGUGGGGCAGUUCUCGCUAAUCUUGUUUCCACAUUUAUUUUCGGACUUUUCUCUCCGUGAGGGGGCUUAAAUCUGUUCUCCACACUCCUAAAAUCAAUCUAAACGCGACCACACCCAAAAGAAGGAUCAAACUCCCCCUGUGCUCCACUGAACAUGUAAUUAUUCUGCAUCCAUCAGGCACCGCGCGCAGAGGUCUCACCUCAAACACGCAGCUGCGACGAACACACACACACACACACACACACACACACACACACACACCUGUUUGAAUGUUGGCGAAUUAAUACAGCAGCGAUACGUGUGAAAGGGAAGGUGAGAGGUGUUCGGCUCCUAAUCGUCUUAGCAGCAUUAUGCUGAGCUGCGUUCAAGCCCUGACAUGCGGUGCGCCCUUGUAGCUCCCCAAAACCCGGAGUCAGCAUCUCUGCGUCCGUUACGCACAGCUGGAGGGACGGCGGCGAGGAGGCGAGCAGCCGGCGGUACAGUCUUUCCACUGGUUGAAGCCGCCCUCUGCAGAAGAUGAAACACACUGUGUGGAUGUGUGUGUGUCCCCUUCCUCGUCAGCGGCGUCCCCUCGCCACUCGUCUCUGCUGAAGCCGUCAACGAAUAGCGAUGCGUCUGACAUAGCUUCCCGUCAGGGUGUGGAGACCGCGAGGACGAUGAACGCGCACGCGCCUCUGAGGAGGAGAUUCAGGCGCGGUCGCCUCCUCUUCUUCGUCUCAGGUGUGCUCUUCUGUCUCGUCUACACUCUGACUCUGAAGGCCUGGCUGCAGGAGCCGCUCGCCUCCGCCCAGGCACACGAUGAUGAUGGUGAUGAUGUAGUGGAGGUGAACGUCCGUGAGGUGAGGGCGUCCAAUGAGACGGCGGAGGAGGAGGAGGUGGUGAUGUCACCUGACAGCUCCAAACCUCCCCUGGUGUUUGUCGUCAACAGGACGGAUAUUGAACAGUGUAUCUAUGUGGAUCCUCAGCCCCCCAAACCUCCACCACCUCCAACCACAGCUCCCCCUCCUCCCCCACUAGCGCCCCCCCACAGGAAGGGAGACUUUCCAGAGGACCUCUUCUCAGUGGAGCAGCGCCGGCGAGGCUGGGUGGUGCUUCAUGUCGUAGGUAUGAUCUACAUGUUUGCAGCUCUGGCCAUCGUCUGCGAUGAGUUCUUCGUCCCCGCUCUGGAGGUCAUCACCAACACGCUGGAGAUUUCUGAUGAUGUAGCCGGGGCGACCUUCAUGGCAGCUGGAGGCUCUGCUCCCGAGCUCUUCACCUCCCUGAUCGGAGUCUUCAUCUCGCGCAGCAACGUGGGCAUCGGGACCAUCGUGGGCUCGGCCGUCUUCAACAUCCUGUUCGUGAUCGGGAUGUGCGCCAUCUUCUCGAGGGAGAUGCUGCACCUGACGUGGUGGCCGCUCUUCAGAGACGUCACCUUCUACAUCCUGGACCUGAUCAUGCUCAUCGUCUUCUUCCUGGACAGCAAGAUCCUGUGGUGGGAGAGCAUGCUGCUGGUGCUCGGCUACAUCAGCUACGUCAGCUUCAUGAAGUUCAACAGUCAGAUCGAGAGGGCGGUGAAGACGCAGAUCAACAAGCACAUGAGCAUCGUCAAAGUGUGGAGCGCCGAGGAGCCCGAGAAGGAGAGUGAAGCUCCGUCAGCACCUCCUGCUCCUCCUCCUGUUGCUGCUGCUGCUGCACCAAAACAGGAGCCUGAACCCCCUCCCAUCACCCCACAACGCCACAAACCACUGUCAGAAGCCCCAGAGGACAAAACAAGACUCAGGGCUCGCCCCGUCCUGCAGCGAGGCGGCAGCACGGCGUCGCUUCACAACACGUCUUUAAGGAGCACCAUCUUCCAGCUGAUGAUCCACACACUGGACCCCCUGGGAGAAGAGUCAGACCUCAGAGGGGCCCAGAAAACCCCCGGGCCGAAAAAAUCCAGGCGAGAGACGUCCUUCAAUGGUGAUGUCAGAGGGGAGGGGUCAGUGCACAGGAAAGCAAAGAACAAAGUUAAACCCGUGAACGCCUCACGCUCGGGCAAAUUACAGAGCAAGACACCACACCGCCGCUCUGAAGAUGACGAUCCAAAGACAAAUACUGAGCAGUCCGGGGCAGCAGGGGGCGCUGCAGUCGAGCCGUCCACAUCCCAACUUCAAAAGACUGAAGAGACGAGAAAGAACGAGCAGGGGGGGUCAGAGGGCGGCGCUGAGGACGAAAGCGCUGGUGAGGAGAGCAGUGAGUCCAGCGAGAGUGAAGAAGAUGAUGGAGACGAGGAGGAAGAGGAGAAGGAGGAGGAAGAGGAGGAGAGUGAGCCGUUGUCUUUAGAGUGGCCUGAUAACAGACGAAAACAGGCGACGUAUCUGUUCCUGCUGCCCAUCGUGUUCCCGCUGUGGCUCACGCUGCCCGACGUCAGAAACCCGGCAUCCAGGAGGUACUUCGUCAUGACGUUCAUCGGCUCCAUCUUGUGGAUCGGGGUUUUCUCCUACCUGAUGGUUUGGUGGGCUCAUCAGGUGGGCGAGACUGUCGGCAUCUCAGAGGAAAUCAUGGGCCUGACCAUCCUGGCAGCGGGGACGUCGAUACCCGACCUGAUCACCAGUGUGAUCGUUGCCCGUAAAGGUCUGGGGGACAUGGCCGUGUCCAGCUCAGUGGGCAGUAACAUCUUUGACAUUACUGUAGGUCUGCCGGUCCCGUGGCUCAUAUACACUCUGUUACACAACGGCGACCCGGUUACCGUCAGCUCAAACGGCCUGUUCUGCGCCAUCGUGUUGCUCUUCCUCAUGCUGCUCUUCGUCAUCAUCUCCAUAGCCGCCUGUCGCUGGAAGAUGAGCCGGAUGCUGGGACUCACCAUGUUCAUACUGUACUUUGUGUUCCUGGUUCUCAGCGUCAUGCUGGAGGAUCGCAUCCUCAUCUGUCCCAUCUCCAUCUGAGCCGAUGGGUUUGGACUGUUAUCGAUCGCCGCCAUUUUAACAGACUAAAUAUGCCGAGACAGGAUCAAUGCUGUCAUUAGGAAAUGUAAGAUAGUCAAAUACAAGCUUAGAGAAAUUCAAAACUGCUGGAUGCAACUCCAGUAUUUCCGUAACUAAAAUCUCUUAAACUAGUGUUUAAUGUUCAGCGUGUAAAAGGAUGUUUUUUGUGGAAAAAAAAAAGUUUCAAUUUGUCAAGAGAAACAGUGAUUGUGUGUGUGUGUGUGUGUGUGUGU